UUAGCGCGAUCGUCGUCGAAUUCAUCGAACGUUACUCCGGCCACUCUUUAAGUGGUGUCUAGUGAGUCUGUGACAACUGUGAGCGAGUGGAAAGGAUACACGUGCAAGGACAUCGUUAUGCUUAAGAUUUCCCUGCUGAGCGCCGUGCUCGGCAUUGCCUAUGCAGGCGUGAUCGGACCCGGACCGUAUUAUGGUGGACCAGCAGGGCCCGGACCUCUGCAUCAUUAUGGAGGAUAUGCACCGCCGAAUGGCCCACUGCCCGGCCCUUAUGUGGCACCCAAGCCCGUCGCUCCCGAACCAUACGAUCCCGAGCCAAAGUACUCAUUUGGAUAUGACAUUCAAGAUGGUUAUACUGGUGAUCUGAAGUCUCAGCAUGAGACUCGUCACGGAGAUGUGGUGAAGGGCAGCUACUCGGUGGUGGAUCCAGACGGAACCAAACGCACUGUGGACUACACGGCAGAUCCUCACCAUGGAUUUAAUGCGGUGGUUCGCAAGGAGCCGCUGGCAUAUAAGGCACCAGCCCACGUGGCACCUGUCAUCGCCCCUGCACCCGCUCCAGUGCCUGCUCACUAUGCUGGUCCUGCUCCUGCUCCACCACUUCCUCCGGUGCCCAAAGCACCUCUUCUUUCCUAUCCACUGGCCUUGGGUCCUCUUCACCGUGCUGCUCCUGUUCCCGGACCCGCUCCAGCACCUGCUCCAGCUCCAGUGCCUGUGCCAGUGGCUGCUCCAGUCUUGCCUACAGCCCACUUCCAUGCCGCCUAUCCCGCCCUGGCCCACAGCCCCUAUGCCCACUAUCCAGCACCUGUGCCCGGACCCGCUCCCGUGGAUCCCCAUGCCUACUAUCACCACUGAGAGGAACCGAUGUUCCCAACUAUCUGAUCUGAUCUGAUUUGAUUUGACUUCAUCUAUCGCACGCAGCUUACACUGACCCAAAACUGAAUCUCCGGCUAUAUCUGUGCCAAUCGCUGUACUCUCAAUCUCUUUUGCUGUGUUCUUCGAGGGAUUUGAUACCGAUCCAACAUGUAGAUUGAUUUUAAGAUACACCUAGCCUAUGUACAUGUCUUAAGAAUAUGUUGUUGAAUGGUUAGUCUAGGCAAUAAACUGAGAAAUG